GUGUUAGUGUUAGUGUGAGUGUGUGUCUGUGAGCUGCUGGUGAAGAUGAAGAUGAACGUCCUUGUCCUCUGCUUUGUCCUCAGUGUCUCUGCUGAAGGUCUACACGAGGACCUUGCGGUUACUGGAUGUUCAGACUCUGAUGGUGAGGAAGCAUAUAACCUGGAUGGUGAAGAGAUGUGGUUCGCUGACUUCAUCAAUAAAAGAGGAGUCGAGCCUCAGCCCAGUUUCAUUGAUCACAUGAGCUACAGGGAAGGCGCUUAUCAAACAGCUGUGGCCAGUGUACAAACCUGCCAAACCAACUUGGGACUCGUUCGUCAGGCUUUGAAGGACUUCAAGCUGGAAAAUGAUCGUCCCUCCAGUCCGAUGAUCUACGUCAGAGACGUGGUGAAGCUCGGAGGGAAAAACACUCUGAUCUGUCAUGUGACUGGUUUCUACCCAGCUCCCGUUCACGUCUACUGGACCAAGAACCAAGAGAACGUGACUGAAGGAACAAGUCUCAAUGUUCCCUAUCCCAACGCAGAUGGUUCCUUCAGACAGACGGCCAGACUGGACUUCACCGCUCAGCAGGGAGACUUCUACAGCUGCACAGUGUCCCACCAGGCUCUGGACCAGCCACUGACCAAGAUCUGGGAUGUGGACGUGCCGCAGCCCGGUGUCGGCCCGGCUGUGUUCUGUGGAGUGGGUCUGAGCGUCGGUCUGCUCGGGGUCGCUGCUGGAACCUUCUUCCUCAUCAAAGGGAACGAGUGCAGCUGAUUGGCUGCGGCGGAUGAUGACACGUUCCUGCUUUUUCUCACCUGAAGCUUUGUCUUGUUUUUUUUUGCCUCCUGUUUUUGCAGCUUCGACACUUUGUAACAUAAAGAUCAUAAAUAUCA